AGUGCUGGGGCCCGAGGCGGGUGUGUCAGGGCAGCUGCAGCCUCUGCCAAGUGUCGCCCACGGCCCGUGUCUCUGGCUUGGCGCGCGAGGGUUCGAACUCCUCAGAGGUGGAAGCUGCGGCGGAGGGAAGGGGCAACUGCGCGGUGUCAGUCGGGCCUCCGCAGGUUGCUCGAGGUGUGGCAGGAGACCCUCGCCCUCUCCGCCCGGGCCUGGGACACAGGACGCGCUGACUUCUGAGAGACCCCUCUGGUUUCCUUGCCCAGCCUCAUAUAUACUCAGGCUUUACUUAGGGCCAACGUCUCUUUCAGUUUUCUGUCUCGCAAGUAACCUGCUGCUCAAUUUGUGACCCUAGAGCUUUUCAUCAGUAGUUCAGAGCUCACUAUUUCCAGUCUUGUCCACAGAGAACGGCUUCACUUUCAAUGGAAUUGCUUGAGUAACUGCUCUGUUAUCACCUAAACAAAAAAAAAAUUUUUUUUAGCCGUGUCUGAGAUUUUUCUCUGUGAAUAGGGUUUUCUUAUAUCGAAAACUUUCCUGUCCAGGGAUUGGUUGGGGACCUCAAGUUAAAUCACCCGUCCACCUAGACCCUAGUUGGAGCGAACCUCCCUCUUGAGCUAAGGAUGGCGGCAGCCCCCAGGGCCCUCUCAGCCUUGGCUGGCCAGGCUUCAGAGGAACAAGGGGAGAUUAUUAAAGUGAAGGUGAAAGAAGAAGACCAUAUUUGGGAUCAGGAAUCCUGCAUCCAGAAGAAUUUGUCUCACACCAGGGAACUCUCUCGGCAGCGCUUCCGGCAGCUCUGCUAUCAGGAGACUCCCGGGCCCAGGGAGGCUCUGAGCCAACUUCGGGAACUUUGCCGGCAGUGGUUGAGUCCAGAGAUACACACCAAGGAGCAGAUCCUGGAAUUGUUGGUGCUGGAGCAGCUCCUGACUAUCCUGCCCGAGGAACUCCAGGCUUGGGUGCGGGAGCAUCAUCCUGAAAGUGGAGAGGAGGUGGUAACUGUGCUGGAAGAUUUGGAGAGGGAGCUUGAUGAACCAAGACAGCAGGUCCCACAGGCCACAUAUGGGCAGGAAGUUCCUGUAGAAGAAAUGACUCCUGCAAAAGAGUCCUUAGGUAUCCAUCUCCAGUCUAUAGAAGACAGAAUGGAAUGUGAAUCUCCAGAGCCACACCCACUACAAGACAAUGGAUCAUUUUUAUGGCUUUCCAUGAUGUCUCAAAGCAUGGGUGAUGAUAACUUCAGUAGCUUAGAUACUAAUGAAGCAGAAAUUGAACCAGAAAACAUGAGAGAAAAGUUCUUCAGAAGCUUAUCAGUAUUACUGGAAAAUAAAAGUAAUAAUACCAAGAUAUUUUCUAAAGCAAAAUACUGUCAAUUAAUAAGGGAAGUGAAAGAAGCUAAAGCUAAGGCAAAAAAAGAAUCAGUUGACUACCGUCGCUUGGCGAGAUUUGAUGUGAUCCUUGUACAAGGACAUGAGAAGUUGAUUGAGGCUAUAAAUGGGGAAACUAACAAAAUACGGUAUUAUUUACACAGUGAGGAUUUAUUUGACAUACUGCAUGAUACACAUCUCAGCAUUGGACAUGGUGGACGGACCCGCAUGGAAAAAGAGUUACAAGCAAAAUACAAGAACAUCACAAAAGAAGUUAUAAUGCUCUACUUGACACUCUGCAAACCAUGCCAACAGAAAAAUUCAAAACUGAGGAAAGUUCUAACAUCGAAGCCAAUUAAGGAAGUUAACUCAAGAUGCCAAGUGGAUUUUAUCGACAUGCAGUUGAACCCUGAUGGAGAGUAUAAAUUUAUUAUGCAUUAUCGAGACCUUGGUACAAAGUUGAGCUUUUUGCGGUCAUUAAAAUCUAAAAGGCCUAAGGAGGUUGCACAUGCUCUUUUAGAUAUUUUUACAAUUAUUGGAGCACCCAGUGUCCUACAGUCUGACAGUGGGAGGGAGUUUUCAAGCCAGAUAGUCAGUGAACUCAGUAGUAUUUGGCCAGAACUGAAAAUUGUCCAUGGGAAACCUCAGCCCUGCCAAAUCCAGAGUUCUAUAAAUCAAACUAAUCAGGAUAUCCAAAAUAGGAUAAUCUCCUGGAUGCAAACUAACAAUUCAUCACACUGGGCUGAAUAUUUGUGGUUUAUUCAGAUGAUCCAAAAUCAGCCCUAUCAUAGAAGCAUGCAACAGAUUCCAUGUGAAGGUACAUUUAGCUCUGAAGCUAAACUGCGCCUGUCUCAUUCUCAGCUAACUGAAGAACUUGUUGCCAGCCUGAAUACGGAAAAUGAAUUGGAACAGGCCGACAAAGAAUUAGAAAAUACUCUAGGAACCCAGUACGAAGAAAACAUUGAGACUGGAACAGAUAGUAGUGAUAUUGAAGAGAAUCUUUGUGUUAUUCCUAAGGUAACCCAAAAAACUCCUCCUGAAAGCAGGCUGAAUUUUUUAUCAUGUGUAGUUUGUGAAAAAGAAUGCACAGGUACUAGUAGUUGUGUAUCAUGUGAUAGAAACAUCCAUGCAAUCUGUGGAGUGCCCUCUCAACAUGAGACUGAAGGUUAUCAUCACAGAAUAACCUGUAGUCUUUGCUGUGAGACCACUACAAUGAAAAGGAAACAUGAUGAGAUUCCAAGAAGUUUGACUGUUCAACCUUCCAAAAUGUUAAAGCCAUCAGAAACACCAUUUUCACCAGACAAAGUAGGAGAUUGGAUGGCAAAACAAGCUUCACUGGACUUUUUUGUGAAGAAAAGACACACUUUUUCUGAAUACAGCAGUAGUAGUAAAAGAAAUGGUAAUGAUGGAAGUCAUCCUGAAGAAGUGAAAACCAAAAGAGUUCAUACUAGUUUUACUCGGAAGUAUGAUCCCUCAUAUAUUGAGUUUGGUUUUGUAGCUGUAAUUGAUGGUGAAGUGCUGAAACCACAGUGUAUUAUUUGUGGAGAUAUAUUGGCUAAUGAAGCAAUGAAACCAUCCAAACUUAAGCGGCAUCUAUAUUCAAAACAUAAAGAAAUAAGUUCACAACCAAAAGAAUUCUUUGAAAAAAAGAGCAGUGAAUUGAAAAGCCAACCAAAGCAGGUGUUCAAUGUUUCUCACAUAAACAUUAGUGCCCUGCGGGCUUCUUAUAAAGUAGCUCUUCUCGCUAAGUCUAAAACACCAUACACAAUUGCCGAGACUCUGGUGAAGGACUGCAUCAAAGAAGUUUGCUUGGAAAUGUUGGGUGAAUCUGCAGCCAAGAAGGUAGCUCAAGUACCACUUUCCAAUGACACCAUAGCUCGACGUAUUCAGGAACUGGCUAGUGAUAUGGAAGACCAACUCAUAGAACAAAUAAAACUAGCCAAGUAUUUUUCAUUGCAACUUGAUGAAUGCAGAGAUAUUGCUAACAUGAUAAUUCUUUUAGUAUAUGUGAGGUUUGAACAUGAUGAUGAUAUAAAGGAAGAAUUCUUUUUUUCAGCCUCUUUACCAGCAAACACAACUAGCUCAGAACUAUAUGAAGCUGUGAAGAGUUACGUUGUCAACAAAUGUGGUUUGGAGUUUAAGUUUUGUGUGGGAGUGUGUUCUGAUGGUGCAGCUUCAAUGACAGGAAAACAUUCUGAAGUGGUUACCCAGAUUAAAGAACUUGUGCCAGAAUGUAAAAUAACGCAUUGCUUCAUUCAUCGAGAAAGUCUUGUGAUGAAGAAAAUAUCAGUUGAACUAAAUAGUGUGCUUACUGACAUAGUAAAAAUUGUGAAUUAUGUAAAAUCUAAUGCAUUAAAUUCAAGAUUAUUCUCUUUAUUAUGUGAUAAUAUGGAAACUGAUCAUAAGCAACUGUUAUUACAUGCCGAGAUACGGUGGUUAUCACGGGGAAAAGUUUUAUCAAGAAUGUUCGAAUUACGAAAUGAACUCUUAGUAUUUCUGCAAAGCAAGAAACCAUUUUGGUCCCAGCUUUUCAAAGAUGUGAACUGGACAGCCAGACUUGCUUAUUUAUCUGAUAUCUUCAGUAUUUUUAAUGAUCUUAAUGUUUGCAUGCAGGGAAAGAAUGCAACAUGUUUUUCAAUGGCAGAUAAGAUUGAAGGACAAAAACAAAAGUUAGGAGCUUGGAAAAAAAGAGUUUCUACAGAUUGUUUUGACAUGUUUCAUAACUUAACAACAAUUAUCAGUGAAGUAGGUAAUGAUCUUGAUAUCGCACAUCUGCGAAAAGUUAUCAAUGAACAUCUUACAAAUUUGUUAGAUUGUUUUGAAUUGUAUUUUCCAUCAAAAGAAGAUCCACGCAUAGGAAAUUCAUGGAUACAAAAUCCAUUUCUUUCAUCAAAAGAUAAUUUAAAUUUAACUAUAACCCUGCAGGAUAAGUUGUUGAAGCUGGCUACUGAUGAAGGCUUGAAAAUGAAUUUUGAAAAUACAGCAUCACUUGCUUCAUUUUGGAUAAAAGUUAAAAAUGAAUAUCCUGAGCUUGCUGAAAUUGCUUUAAAAUCUCUUCUUCUGUUCCCCUCAACAUAUCUCUGUGAGACUGGGUUCUCUACAUUAAGUGUUAUUAAGACAAAACAUAGAAACAGUUUAAAUAUACAUUAUCCCUUGAGAGUAGCGCUGUCAUCAAUCCAACCCAGAUUAGACAAAUUAACAAGCAAGAAGCAAGCUCACUUAUCACAUUAAAUUUUUUAAAUACUGAUUUAAAAGGUGUUAAUUCAAGAAUGCAUAGGCAUUAUGGAAGUAUGAAAUGUUAUGACUAAAUUAGCAGUUCUCUAUAAACAGAAUAAUCUUUUAUUUUUCAUUUUACCCUGUUUAUUUGUUAUAUUUAUUAAGAUGUAAUUUUAAAUCUGUUGAUUCUAAUAUUAAAAAUUUUGUAUUUUGUAUGUCUUUUUAUUACUGUAUUUUAUUAGGAUGUUUAGAUUGUAAGAUGACCUCAGUAUGGGGAAUACUUUCUUUGAAAUGGCAGACUUGAUCAGUGAAAGUAAGUGAAUUUGAGGGGUGGAGUUAGUAUUUGAAGGCAAGGGAAGGGAUCCGUAAGAUGUUUGUUAAACUGAUCUUGGGUGGUUUGGUUGAGAAUGAUAAGUUUUUUUUUUUUUUUUUUUUUGUCUUUUUGUCUUU